UAACCAUACAACAACAACACGCUGGUUUCAAACUAAGUUGUAAACGAAAGUAGCCGCGCAAAAUGCUCGCAAUGUCACAAGGUUUCUUCGACAAUCCAUACGCUCAAAUUCGUGCGCCACCAACGACGCUGCGUCCGCAACAUGGUGACAGUCCCAUUAACAGCACUUCGGCGCUCGAUUUGCAGACGUCGAGUCGAUCACAAGUGCCGCCACCACCGCCGCCGCCGCCGAGGUAAGGUUACGCCAAGCGGCGCAAAAGAAAAAAAUAAAUAAAAACGAAACCCCCAAAAAAACCAAAAACUUAAAUCAAAAAAGAGGUGGUCAGGCCGCCAAACAAAAGAAAGCCAACGAAGCAAAAAAAAAAAAAUAGAAAAAAGAAAGCAAGAAAAUAAGUCAAGUAAUUAAACGUCUUUCGAAAAUCUCCAACUUUCCAUACGAAAUUGUAUCAGUUUGUCUCUCCUCCAACGCAUAUCUUCAAUCAACAUCAAUCAAAUGUCGUGAGAUAUUUGGCGAAACGAAAAAUGAAGGAGCGCACCACAAUCAACAUUUGCUUAAAAACCUCUUUGAACGAAUUUUUAAAGAAAUUAAUUUUCUAGUUAAAAAUUUAAAACCAGCCACACUUUAAAGCUGGAUAUUUCAUAGUCAAAAAAUUUGCUUAAAAAUUUUACAAACAAAAUUCCAUAAAGCGAGCAACUUUAACAAACUCACCUUAAAAGCCUGAAGGCAACUUGCGUAUACGUAAAUAUAAAUGAGAAUUUUAAACGUUUUACAAUAACUCACACACACACCUAUGCUCGUACGUAUGAAUUUACGUGAAAUAUGUAAAUAGGUAAAGAAAUGGAGAAAUAGUUAAUAAAUUUUGGUUGGUAGAAUAAGUUUACAUGCAUAUUUACGAGUACAUACAGACAUAAGCGCAUAUGUGGAGCUCGCAAAUUAAUUAGAUGCAGAUUUCAAUGGCCGAAAUGGCAUGAAAAAUUCUAGCGGUUUGUAA